AUGGCUAUCACUCAAUCUGUCAUUGUUCCUGCAUACAAGGAAAAAUUAAAUAUUAAACCUUUGACACAACGUUUAUUUGCUGCCUUGGGCAACGAAGCCACUGAACAGACAGAAUUGAUUUUCGUCGAUGACAACUCUCAAGACGGUUCCGUUGAAGAAGUAGAGCAAUUACAAAAACAAGGCUACAACGUCCGUAUCAUUGUAAGAACCACUGAACGUGGUCUAUCCUCUGCAGUGCUACGUGGGUUCAAGGAAGCCAAGGGUCGUUAUUUGAUCUGUAUGGAUGCAGAUCUUCAACACCCACCUGAGUCUGUCCCAUCCUUGUUCAAUUCCUUACGUGCAGACCAUGCUUUUGUCAUCGGUACCCGUUAUGCACCAGGAGUGGGCAUCGACAAGGAUUGGCCCAUGUACCGUCGUGUAAUCUCUUCCACUGCAAGAUUGAUGGCAAGACCAUUGACCAUUGCCUCAGACCCAAUGUCUGGUUUCUUCGGUCUACAAAAACAAUAUUUGGAUAAAGCCAUGGAGGAGAAAAUCGAGAUCAACCCACAGGGGUUCAAGAUUGCUUUGGAACUGUUGGCUAAGUUGCCUUUGCCAGAAGAUGACGAGAAGAAACUUGGUGAAGUUCCAUUCUCCUUCGGUGUCAGAAUGGAGGGGGAGUCUAAGUUGUCCGGGAAAGUUAUUGUCCAAUACAUCCAGCAAUUGAAAGAAUUGUAUAUUUAUAAAUUCGGUUUGGAAAACUUGAUCUUGUUCAUUCUGUUCGGCGUUAUAUUGGCUUUGUACUGUUUAUAUCAAUUCUAUUCGUUAUGUUUCUGA